UUCGCGUUUUUCUAAAUGUCGCCCGCAAUCCCCAGCCAGAGUUAACACUCUCUCAAUGGGAUGCCGCUGUUUUCGGCGCACCAGAAGCAAUGAGAGCUUAUUUUCCCAAAUAUAAUCAGUCCGAGUCGUCUACUUUGCCGCUUAUGACGGUACCUUCUGUAGUCCUCAACGAGCCGGGAAUGCCUGUCUCUUCGAGCUCGGUAACAAGAAGCGGAAUUGCCGAUCGAGUAAAGGACCGGGAUGGACGUGUUUGCGUAUUUUCUGGCGUGUCCGAUCCCGAGGCGGCGCAUAUUUUUCCGUACUCGACGAUCAAAGACAGGAACUUUGGGCUCAUUAGCCUGAUUCUCUCACAGUUUUGGGGCUCCGAAAAAUCAAUGGCAUGGCGUAGGAUAUUUGAGGAUGCAGCCAUUUCUAAUUCUCCCAAGAACGGAAUCUCCAUGAGUCGCCAGAUCCAUUUCUGGUUCGACAAGACAAAGUUCGCCCUCAAGCCUCUCCGACAAACCCCAGAAGGUAUCGUCGUACAAUGGCACUGGCUGAAGGAGAGCAUCCUGAAGCCACUUGUCCAUAUUCUCCCGAACGAGGAUAUUCUUCUCCAAGCUGGGGUGACAGAUCGGAACUGGGGCAAGGGCUUAAUAGCACACCGGGAGAGUGGUGUGAGGAUCCAGACCGGUCAGACCUUCCUCCUCCGACAACACGAGGACAUGCCCAGCUGGGAGCUGCUAGAGAUUCAGUGGAAUCUCCACCGGAUUGCAGCCAUCUGUGGAGCGGCCGAUGUGACUGACGACUACUACUACGACUUCGAAGACCGGGAUGAGCGUGGCUUCGAUGAAGUCGUGGCCGCCAAACAGCGUGCCAUCGCCGCCAGACAGGCCAAUGCCAAUGAGGGAGACGAUAGUGGCAAUAGCGAUGGCGGGGAUGGGUUUAAUAAGAGCGACUCAAAAGACCGCCGCGGUUAGGACACGAGACGGAUCACGGAGCGCUUACGCAGCAUCACUUUAAGAAAUAAAGGCAAGAGUUUAAAGGAGCUCUUCAGGACGACAAUGCUUGCUUCACCUACGACAGGCACGAUGCCUACCUCAUCGAUUGCUCGUUCCAAGGGGAAGCGUAAAUCUCUCCACGAUCUUGGGUGGUUUUCGAAGG